CUAUGGAUCGGAUCCCUGCUUGUGACAUGGCGAUGACUCCCGUAGGUCUGGCCGCACUGGGGGACCUGGUCUCCACGUCCCCAAACGCCACCGCAGUGGGAACACCGGGCGUCUCGGUGGACACCAGGACCUUGAUCCUGCUCGUUUUCUUUACUUGUGCCCGUGCUGAAGUAUAUUUACUGUCAUUCGCUACAACAGGUCCACCUUUCUGUCUGGGUCUGGGGCCACUUCUCUCAUACGUGAGAUUCAUGUGGACGGGUAUAGGCACAGCCAGCAACUACUACAACAAGAAGUAUGGAGACAUUGUCAGAGUCUGGAUCGAUGGAGAGGAGACACUCAUCCUCAGCAGGGCAUCAGCCGUUUACCACGUGCUGAAGAAUGGACAUUACACGUCACGUUUUGGGAGCAAGCAGGGACUGAGUUGCAUCGGCAUGUACGAGAGAGGCAUCAUCUUCAACAACAACAUGUCCCUUUGGAAAAAGAUACGCACCCAUUUCACCAGAGCUCUGACAGGUCCAGGUUUGCAGAAGACAGUGGAGGUCUGCGUCUCCUCCACGCAGACUCACCUGGACGACCUGGACAGUUUGGCUCACGUCGACGUCCUCAGUUUGCUGCGCUGCACCGUGGUCGACAUCUCCAACAGACUCUUCCUGGACGUGCCCGUCAAUGAGAAAGAGCUGCUGGUGAAGAUUCGGAAGUAUUUUGACACGUGGCAAACUGUGUUAAUCAAACCAGACAUGUACUUCAGAUUGGACUGGAUCCACCAGAGGCACAAGGCGGCAGUCAAGGAGCUGCAUGAUGCCAUAGGGGACCUGGUGGAACAGAAGAGGAGAGAUGUGGAGCAGGCAGAUAAACUGGACAACAUCAACUUCACCACAGGCCUCAUAUUUGCACAGAACCACGGCGAGCUGUCUGCGGAGAACGUGGUGCAGUGCGUGCUGGAGAUGGUGAUUGCGGCGCCCGACACUCUGUCCGUCAGCCUCUUCUUCAUGCUGCUGCUGCUCAAGCAGAAUCCAGAUGUGGAGCUGCAGCUGCUGCGAGAGAUUGACACUGUAGUGGGUGAGAGGCAGCUGCAGAACGGCGACCUGCAGAGGCUGCAGGUGCUGGAGAGUUUCAUCAACGAGUGUCUGCGCUUCCACCCUGUGGUGGACUUCACCAUGCGUCGAGCCCUGUCCGAUGACGUCAUCGAUGGCUACAGGGUACCAAAGGGCAUGAACAUCAUCCUCAACACGGGACGCAUGCACCGCACUGAGUUUUUCUGCAAACCUGAUGAAUUCCGCCUGAGCAACUUUGAGAAAAAUGCUCCUCGACGUUACUUCCAGCCGUUCGGUUCAGGCCCUCGCUCCUGCGUUGGCAAACACAUCGCCAUGGUGAUGAUCAAAUCCAUCCUGGUGACAUUGCUUUCCCAGUACUCUGUGUGCCCCCACAAGGGCCUGACCCUGGCCUGCCUCCCACAGACCAACAACCUGUCCCAGCAGCCUGUGGAGCAUCAGCCCGAGGCCCCACAGCUCAGCAUGAGAUUCUUACCCAGACAGAGAGGAAGCUGGCAAACACUCCCAGACUCCGACCUUUAGCUCUCCCUGCACAUUCACACAUAUACUGUACAUAUAUCUGAUCUACACGGCUUCAUCUAGGUUGUUUUAUCUCAUGACUGUACAAAGCUAACUUUUAUAAUUUAAUACGUGUUAAACUUGUAUUGUUACUGGAACUAAUAUGCAUAAUGUGAAAAGUUAAGAUUAAUACUGGAUUAAAUGAAAAUUAUUGUGCCAAUAUUAGGUAUUGUUUUAUCAUUUUUUAUACAUACAGUACGUAAUCACGUGAAAAUAAUUGGUGCAUUUUCCAAGUAGGAAAUUGACACGUUUAAAAAUCACCAACACCAACAGACCUCCUCAAUCCAACUGUUUUGAAUGUUUAUUGUUUAAACUGUUUAUCAUUUUUGAUUCCUUAUUCAUUUUGGAUACAUU